AGGUAGUCUGUCACCACUCCUACCAACACCACUGAAACCCUUUCUCACGUCACAAAAUAGCGCAAAUCGUUGAAAAAUGUCACUUGCUGGCAAAGCAUGGGCUGCGUUACAGAUCCUCAAGAUUCUCGUGACCUUUUCGGUGCAGAAUCUGGCUUUUUUCAUCAGCACGCGCCGGCGAAAAUAUGAACUAGGUGACAACCCCAAGAAUGUCGUCAUUAUUGGCGGUUCGUUUGGCGGAUGGACUGCCGCCCAACGACUCGCUCAGUCACUGCCCAGUGGUUAUAGAGUGAUUCUGAUUGAGAAGAAUUCGCAUUUUUACUUUACGUGGAACUUUCCUAGGUCGACAUGUAUCCCCGGACAUGCAGAGAAGGCUUUCAUACCAUAUCCGAAAGAGUCGCCGUCGUUGCCAGAAGGGAUUUACAAAUUUGUCCGAGGAACUGUGACCGAAGUCAAGGAGGACAAGGUGAUUAUGGAGGAUGGUUCUGAAAUCGACUAUGAGUAUUUGGUGGUGGCGACCGGUUCGCACAAUAGAUAUCCCUCGAAGUUGGUGGCUCUCGACAAGGUGGAUGCCGUGCAGUAUUUCCUAGACCAACAAGAACGCAUCAAGCAGGCUCAGAAUAUCAUUGUCGUGGGCGGAGGGGCUGCUGGAAUGGAGAUUGCGAGCGAUACCAAAUCCAAAUAUCCGGAAAAGAAUAUCACGCUGGUACAUUCGCGGGACCGGCUUCUCAAUACCUUUGGCCCGCUGUUGCACACUGAGGCCAUCGGAGCACUGAAUCGUCUGGGGGUUACAGUCUUGCUCAACGAGCGGGUGGUCGGGGGCUUGGAUGUGGAAGAUCCAAAAGAGAUUACUCUCCAGAGUGGAAAGGUGCUUCAAUGUGACACACUGGUUCGGUGCACUGGACAAAGCCCACGAGGCGAUUUGAUCCAGACCUUUUCGCCGAAAUCCAUCGCAUCCUCGGGAGCGAUUCUUGUGGAGAAGACCUUGCGCAUCAGCAAUACUCCGACACCCAGAUGUUUUGCAAUUGGCGACGUAGUGGAUUUGCAAGGACCAAAACUCGGGAGAGGAGCGUCGACGCAGGGUAUGUUCAUCGCGGACCAGAUUGUCCGAGCCAUCAAGGGCAAAGCUCUGAAGCCAUAUCAUCCUACCGUCAUUGACUCUUCAAUCGAAUUGACCUUGGGUCUGGUGAGUCUAGUCUGUGGCGGAGCACCGUCGUCCCCAUCCCCCUGCGUUACUAAUUGAAUUGCUCUCCGGAAUAGGGUCGAAACACAAUGUAUAUAGGAGACGGCGAACGGGAAGCGUCGUUCGGCAAAAAGGCAGAUGAGGAAUUGUUCGUUCGACGAAUGUGGCAGGUCAUGGGCAUCAAACCAUACGAGGAUCCCGAAUAUGAGGCUCUUGUCAAGAGCAAAUCCAGCAAGGAACCAUCAGAUUCGCCAGACAACACCACUGUUAGCAAUGGUCCCAAUAAUGUCACCACUGCAGCUGUCAUAUGAGAUGUGGACAUUAGAGGACAAGUCGAUGGUAUUAAUAGCCAUGAUAGCUUCGCUUCUUGAAACGCGCCGGCGGGGUCACGGGCUUGCAAAAGAAUCCUGAAGGAACCUUCUUUUGAUCGGGGGGAUAUUGCACUGCCAUGACUGCUACAAGUCGAUACUCAGUACCAGAAAGAGGAAAAGCUGACAAGGCGCGGACUGGCGGAGAUACAUCUGUGGUCUGAGGGUCUGGCGUGCCUGUGUUUCUACCUGUGCUUAUGCCUGGAAUCUGUGGGCGAGAGGCCUGGCGCGAAUCGUUGAAUCUUGGAAUGGACCGUGGACGCGGACCGUGGGACCCUGAAGAGCCGGGCAACUUUGGUCCCCAUAAUUCAGUCUUCGACCAAGACGGUGCACGUUUUGAUCCUGAAACAAGGGAUCGACACACGGAGUUACACUUGUGAUGUACGCACAGAGGAUGCGGCAAAUUGGCUUGCACUGCAAGUUUGCCUACUCGUUUGUCAAAUUGACAGUGACUGGGUUCUGUCGAGGGCCUCACUUCGAGGGAAGAUGGGUGGCUGGGUGGCUGCGCAUGGUGGCAUGUUUGAAGUGAUUGUUUGAGUUACGAACCACAGAUUGACUGUGAGACUUUGAGCGAGAAUUAAUGUUGCCUGAUUUUCCGGAGCGUUCGGUGGGGCGGUGCCACUGUCGUUAACGACAAGCUCUUGACACUUGUACGAGUACUUGCCAUCCUGUAGCAUAAGGUAUCUUCGGUAGAUGGCAAGACUUCGGGGUGGUGCUGGACCUACUUGAAUGCGUAUAGGUAGCUGAGAUAGCUUCGGGACAUCCGAUCCCCACCUAUUCCUCGAUA